GUGAACCAUGUGACCAUAGGGGCGAUGUGAAGAGGGAAUGAAAAAAACUGUUUUACAUAGUUAAACCUAUACAGGUAGUCUACGGUGACAUAUAUCAAAAUAUACCCAUUCAGCCACUAAAACGGCCUUGCUAUCGGAUUUAGUUAGCAGAUUAUUUUUCGGACAUUGUUGGGAGAGGUUUAAUCAUAAACCCGUCCUGACAUUUGAGCCAGUUUCGGUUCACCCACUCACUCGAUUAGGUGAGGCGGCGGAAGCGACCCGUUGUUUUUUUCGCAAGGAGUUGGAUUGAUCCCCGUUGUAUAAAACGAAUAUCAACAUUAUUCGGUGAAAAGGUGUGUAUAAUGUUCUGUACAGCUCUGUCUAUAAUAAAAUCCUAUACUUCUUGUAUUAUUAGAUCGACUAGUUUGUUGCGGGGCAGGUGUGCGGUAUCUCUUUACAUAAAAUGGCUUGGAAGUAUUGGAAAUGAAUUAUGGGGCACAGUAAAUCCUAUACUUUACAAUACUUUUAUAGGGUUUUACUUUUAUUUCGAUAGGAUGCUACUUUCACAACAUUUACUAAGAAUAUUAUUUAUUAAUUGGCAUUUGUUAUCUCAAUGCCCUCCCUCCCCACCUCCCUGAACAGGUGCAAUUGUUCACAUAUCCCACUAGUUUUACUAAGUCAGCCCACCUUAAACGUUUCAUUUGGAAUAAAGGCCUAUAUGUCUCAAACAAAUUAUCCUGAAUGUGCCUUGAAGGAUCUGAAAACUUUUUGGGGAGGUGGUCAUGGUGCUGAAUUAAUCAUAAUUGUAAUUUUGCCUCUGUGGUCAAAUCGACAUUUUAGUCAUUUAGCAGACACUCUUAUCCAGAGGGACUUACAGGAGCCAUUAGGGUUAAGUGCCUUGCUUAAGGGCACAUCAACAGAUUUUUAAUCUAGGCGGCCCGGGGAUUCUAACCAGCGAACUUUCAGUUACUGGCCCAAUGCUCUUAACCGCUAGGCUACCUGCAGCCCUAUCAAUUUCAGGUUGGACAGUUUCUGACAGUCUGACAUUUUUAUAAUAACUUGAUUCAAUCUGUUUUAUUGUAUUGUCAUGGUAUGGGAUAAUUGUUUCUCCUGGGACUUAGAAUAAUUCUAUGAGGAAUGAAGUAUAGAGAGCUGUUAGGAUUUCAUCUUCUCUUGCAUUUUAUGUCACUUUAUGAACCAGACUCAAUAAUAUUGGGAUUUCAAUAGAGACUCAGGCUCAAUGUAGCUCCGUAUGAACUGUUUUUUUUUUCUUUAACACUAUAAUCUUCAUCUCUUUAGAGCGCCCCCUGGGGAGACUGACGCCAGUGUGCUUGUGCUGCUGAGCACUACUCCUGAUGAAAUGGCCCUGACCUGAUGUCCAGGCGUCCCCUUGCUGAUGAUCUACCCUCUCUAGAACCCAUCGGUUUGAGUGGAGAUGGCACUGCUCCCAGACAUGACGGCCUGGCCUGGUCUCCUGGCUGGGAGUGUCCUACUACUGGUCCUGGGGAGUAAUCCUGUCCGGGUUAUGGGUGAGUCAUGCCACCGCCUCUACAAUCCCCCCGUCUUUCUUGUGAAAUAACCCCAUCACCACCACACUGGAUUGUCUCUGACCACAGACAAACAAUCUAUUGUACGACUGCCUGGAACGAUAUGCACAAAAGCACAAAAGCAGGUUGCACACAACAUUCUAGGCAUUAAGCAAUAAAAACUAAAGCAUGCAGUAACAUGCCAACAGGUUGUACGUAUAUUUCGUAAUGUGUGAGAGCUUUGGGUAGGAACCAUUGGUAUGAAAAGCUCGGGCACACCCACUUUUCUUAAUGUGGACGUGAUUUCUCUGAUAGACGUAUGGUAAUACUUAAUGCUCGUAUUUAUAAUGCUUUAUUACUUGUUUUAAAGCACAUAUGAGCCCUUAUAUGUUAUAUUUUACACUGCAAUUCGUCAGUGCACUGAACUGUUAGUCAGGUUCAUUAUGAGAUGAUAGUAAGACGUUAUAAUGGGGGUCGUAUGUGCUUAUAGAACGUUUUUACAAUGCAUUAUAGCUGUACAUUACUCAGCAAGAAACAAUAAAUAAAGCAGCCUUUUAGUGGUUGUUCUGAGUGCUCUGGCAGUAACUCCAACAACAAACUCUUCUGCUUUUCUGGUAAUGGGACAACACUGAACAAUGGCUGCACUUCAAUGCAGACACCUCCAAGCUGUAAUGUCAACUGUAGUUAGUUUGCUACAAUAAACGUAUCUGGCUGUUACUGCUACAGGAGGUUUUUCGGUGUCUCAUUUUGAGCAAAAGCUGUGCCCCUCCCCCAAACAACCUAGCCUUGUUUUUUGUUAUCAAGGUGUACUUUUGCCCUUGGGAGAGUUUACUAUUUUACUAUUUGCCUUAGCCAAUCAUUAACUUUGUUUGAAAUCCCUAAAUGGGCGUUGAAGUUUUCCAAGCAAGACAUCUACCCUGAAUUGAUAGUCAAUAAUCACUUUGACACCGCAGUGACAUGGUAAUAGAAAUAUAGUUAUGCUUUUCCGGAUAGUUCAACAAGUAAAAUUGUUCAGGGGCUGAGCUCCACUGACCAGAGGCAAAGGCCGCAUUCCAAGUCCUCUCCUCCCCCUCUCCUACAUUCAAGUAGUUACUGUGCGGGAUGUCACAGAGUAAUCACAUGGCUGGUGAUGGAGAAAGUGCCUGAACAAAGCACUGGACUUGAGGAACCCAGUGAUCCUAUCGCAUUGCAAUAGGCUAUUAUGUUGUCGAUCUAUCAAUCUAAAAAUGACAUCAACUUCUACCUUUCUGUUUUGUUUCCCCCUCCGCUGUAAAUAAAUUACUUUUAACUGUAUUUAAGUAACUUGAUGUGUUAAAACUUUUGCUUAUUUGUUUAUUAUUUGUUUAUUGGGAUCCGCAUUAGCUUUUGCAGAAGCUGCAGCUACUCUUCCAGUGGUCCACAAAAAAAAACAAAACAUGAAAAGUAACAAAACACUGAUACACUGAUAGACAAGGACAGUCACACAAAUUUAAAAUACAACGAUAUACAAACAAUACAACAACAAAAAAUAACAUAAACAAUACUCAUAUGAAUGCUUGACUUUAGACUGUUGUUCUGGUAUGUGGUCAUGUGUGGACAUGUAGGUUGUUGCCUCAGAGCACCACAACUGUCAUUUUUAUCACCUGCAGUUGGUUCAGUGUGUCAUUUGAAAAUGUCCUGUUUUUCCACAUUGUUCAAUCCUAUUGUGUUAUCCUACAUUGAGCAAAGAGAGGGUGUAUUUGUAUUCUUGUAGCAAACUAUUACAAUGACCUGAGUGGUAAUCUUUAAUGCUUUCUACAGGGGACAACACAACUAAUGGAUUACCCUCUAACACAACUGCCCCAGUGAGUAAACUGCUGCUAUCUUUAUCUCUGUUUCGGUUAGAGGAAAUUAAACCAGAAGUAUCCAGAGCUUUAUUUGUGAGAAUGACUGCUACCCCUGUAUUGUUCUGCCUCUAGGGACCCAACAUUGCAGCUAUUGUGGCCCCGACUGUUAUACUGGGGCUGCUGGCCAUAGCAUCUGCUGUGCUAACGUGGCUUUUCUGCGUGGUGAGGAAGAAGAGGCAGUCUGAGGGGACGUACCGGCCCAGUGCUGAGGAGCAGACAGGGGCCCACAGUGUUGAGACACCAGACGCACUCAAACUGCCCAAGGAGGAGAGACUCAUCUGA